CCUGAACGCGCACUUAUCGCGGACGGCCUGUGCCACAUCCCACAGAGUGCGUUUUCCACGUACACGGGUGGUUCAGUUUGGGUGGCGUCCGAGUCGAAAAUCAAAGAGAUUGCAUUUUUCUAUCGACUGCUUUCUUCCGUCCAUGACGUACACACACAUACACACACAUACACAGUCACACAGUCAUCCGUCAGUGGCAGUGGUACUGUUGGGACGGGCGGAAAGACGCAGAUAAGCGCAGUGUGUGUGUUGGUUUUCUACGUCGUUCCCUCAUAGCUAAUGACCUGUUUUUUUCCUUCUUCUGCUUCUUCUUCUUCUCCGUUGUGUUCGUCACUACGCCACUUGUCUGUGCAUUAGAAGAGCAGCUUAGACACGGUGCGGUCACUUUUCCUGCCCCAAACUUCGCUGUAACCUCGCGCUGUGUGUGUGUGUAUGUGUGCAUGUAUGUAUGUGUGUUCCAUCUCAGGUCAAGGAAGUUCUGUUUUAUUUCGCGAGUUUUACAACCAAACCAGCUAACCAGUGCGUGUACCUGUGUGUACCUGACUGUGUGCGUAUACUUUUGUUGGUGCUGAGUAUCCGUGUGUGUGUGUGUGAGUUUGUUGGUGAGCAAUAGAGAAGUAGAGAUGGAGUGAGAGAGAGAGAGCAAUAAAGGUUUAUUGCGUUCUGUUUAAAUAAUCUUUUUUUUUGGUUCCGUGACAACAAGAAAUGACGUGUGUGUGUGUUUUGCUUUGUGUGUCGCCGUAGUGUGAUCAUUGUUGCAUAUCAUUCGCAAGAUUCGGUUCUUAGCGCCAGAGACAAACUCGUUGUGGAAAGGGCGUUGGAGAAACGCAAAAGUCUCUCUUCCUGUCCCAAUCUACUGAUGACGUAAAGAUCCGCUACCUUCAGAAGUCAAAGCACACGAAGCACAGUGCAGAAGAGGAGGCACACGCACUCGUAAACAGCAUUUGCAUGGCUGCUGCUGCUGCUGUUGCUGGCCCAUUGUUGCAUGUGUGUUUUUUGCAAUAUGCGGAACCUGCUGGAAGGAAUGGAGGCGCACAACACUAACAAACGGCUCGCCCGUGACUCACUAACGAGUGUGACGAGUGGGGUGGUUUCGAUGAAAACAAAGCCUGGCCUGGGCUAAGAAUAAGAAGAAUAAGAAGGAGAGAGGGAGGAAUAACCAUCGAUAUCGAAUAUCUCUUAGUCCUGCGGUUCUACGGUCUUUUGCAGCUAGCGACAGUGAAAAAAUCCUAUAAGUAUUACACGAAGAAAAAAGAAAAAUCCUAUAGGUAGUACAAGAAAGUGCAGUGCAUUCCAAUUGCGUUUCCAAUUGGAAAUCGUCACAAAUCAAAGUACGUCGCAGAAGGGGUUAUUUCUUUUUGUUUGCUGGCUCCGUCUGCAGGCACAGACAACUGUUGUUUGUUGGGUAUGUGAGAGUAUGUGUGCAAGGCGUGCAUGGUGUACCCACAGCUCCUCCAAGGGCUGCUGCUACGCAAUGGUCCGUAGUUCUUUAUGUGUCAAUAUGUGCACCUCAAGACCACCACCACCACCACCAUGCGCUCUUUGUUAUGGAAUUGGAUGUGGAUGAGGGGGAGGGAGGCGGUGGAGGUUAGGUGCUGUUGGGGUUUAUUAAGGGCCUUCAAGUGACUAACAACAGCUCAGCUCAGCACAAACAACCACAAGAAGGAAAUAUUCGCAAACAAGCAGUCGCAUUUAGCAUGGAAUGGAUGAUGAUGGUGGAAUGUUUCGCUUGCAGCACAGCUCUAGAGGCGAUAACAACCGACCCAGCCGACGGAAUCAAUGUGUCACACGCCACAGCCACGAAGGGGAGGCGAUAGGCAACAAUGCACACAAACACAAGCACAGCUCAUCAUAAUUAAUGUAGGAAAGAACACAUACACACCAUAGAAAGAGGGACGGUUGAUUCAUCAAACAUGCUGGCUGAUUGGAAAACGACCGCUUCACCUAAAUCCUCCAUGACGACGAAAUCAUCGCAACAAAGUAGCCACGGAGAGGUGUAGUAAAACAAACGAGCAAACUGCAGUGCCAAGCACACACGCCACCACGGACGUUAUCGUUUGUUUGUUCGUCUGCGAUGUCCACCCGCGAAAGAUCAUCCAGCCUACCAGGAUGUUGAUACUUUUGUGUGUGUGUGUGGUUUUUUCUCCCUUAAUCUACUUCCGUGCACGACCACCAUUCAUUGACGGGGCUGUGAAAAGUAUUGGUUCUAAUAAUAAUGCGGGCUCUCCCUGUGGUUCAAUGAACGCCUCGGAUUUUGGGACCGAUUAAAUCCAAUCGUAUACACAAUACGACGAAAAAAAAGAAUAAUGAUUCAUUACUGAUACCACUACCCUACUAUCGCAACGCGACACACACACAAAAAAGGCGCUUUGUUCGACUUUUUUUCCUCCCUUUUUAUGAGAUACUUUAUCAAAUUACGCAACCGAACAGUACAGAAGACGGUCGAAAUUCGGUUGUUUCCUUUCCUUGAUCUGAAUGGGACAUACUUGAAGUCUUUGCAUUGCAGCCGACAAAAGCGCGUUCAGCUGAUGCAAAAGUUAUCUUAAAUGGUCGUAUUUAAUCGCUGCUUUAGCGUUGGCGACAGACUGUGUGCAAACUUACCGUACCAACCCAACAGUAAGAAACAGAAAGUGAGUGAAAAGUGUGCAUUUUAAGAUGGCAACCAGGAAAAAAGCGCUUCUGAAGGUGAUCGUGCUCGGCGACAGCAGCGUAGGCAAGACGUCACUGAUGAACCAGUACGUUAACAAGCGCUUCUCGAACCAGUACAAGGCGACGAUCGGGGCCGACUUCCUCACGAAGGAGGUCGUGAUCGAUGAGCGGGUGGUAACGAUGCAGAUCUGGGAUACGGCUGGCCAGGAGCGGUUCCAAUCGCUCGGCGUAGCGUUCUACCGUGGGGCGGAUUGCUGUGUGCUAGUGUACGAUACGACCGCGCCCAACACGUUCAAAAAUCUCGAAUCGUGGAGGGAUGAGUUUUUAAUCCAAGCGAGCCCGCGCGAUCCGGACCACUUCCCGUUCGUGGUGCUGGGUAACAAAAUUGAUUUGGAAAACCGAGCUGUGUCGACAAAGCGUGCUCAGCAGUGGUGCCAGACGAAGAACGACAUACCGUACUUUGAGACAUCCGCCAAGGAGGGCAUUAACGUUGAUCUAGCUUUCCAAACCAUUGCCAAAAAUGCAAUAGCCCAAGAAACGGAGGUUGACCUGUACAACGAUUUCCCCGAUCAGAUCAAACUGAACACACGGGACAGCCGGCCACGAAAUGGGGACAACUGCUCGUGCUAAUAUUAUCGAACUAGUAAAAUUGACCGCCCUCCUUCUGACCCAAUAGCAGCAGCAACAACACUGCACGAAACAAACGGUGACACUUUCGGUGCCGCCCUCAACCACAAUAAUCACAGCAACCACAGCAGUAGCAGCAGCUUGAGCAUAAGCAGCUGCAACGGCAGCACCAGUAGCGACAGUAUAAGCCACACCAGCAGCAGCGAUAACGAUAGCGACAGCACCAACAGUGACGACAGCAACAAUAGCAAUAGACACGAAGCGGAGCACGAUGGUGGUAGUGGUAACGGUUGUGCUACUACCGCAAUAGACGCAAUCCUUCCCAGAUGAAAAGAAGAGCAUGCAUAAACAAACAAACAAAAACAAUCCUCUUCCAGCUUACAAACACACAUCCUCUCAGAAGGCGGAAGGUUCUCAAGUAACCAAAUCCCCCCCCCCCCCCCCCCCUGCUGCAACCCCUUAAUAUUAUGUUCACCCAACGGGUGCGAGCAUAAUGGUUCGGGCGCUAUUUCGCUGUAUCUGUGCAGCAUUAGCAUGCACUCGUGCAUUCGUGUCGCCCUCUAACUGGCUGGGAUUUGGACUUGAGAUGCAAUUUUAGCUAUUUAAAAAAAAAACAAAAACAAAUGAUCGAAUCUUCGAUACAGGGCAAUAGGCAAGAAUGGUAGAGGUAAAAAACACAUACACACACAUAUAAGGAAGGAAUUUACGACGAGAGGCUGCGAAGAUCGCAAUAAGCAUUACAAACCGUGAUUGCGAUGAUUGUGUUCCAUUUUUUCUUUUCCGUACUCCGGUAUUCAAAAAGGUUAUACUCUACAUGUACUAGAUUUGCCGCAGCAAACGCUUGAAAGCUUGAAAGAUGCAAAAGUGCAAAGAAGAGAGACUCCAGCUUUUGUGCGAGCUGUUGGGCGUACCAAGAGCUUUUCCCAUGAAUGAUGAUGGGUGGAUUUGUAUCAACACACACACAAUGAAAACACACAUACUGAAUGAUCAGUUGUGCAAAUUUGCCCACGAAAAGAAGGGCUUCAACACACAUGAGAGAGUAGACGCAGCCUAACCCCCCAACCCAAUGGUCGAUCUAGCUUCGCUUUCUUAGACGCGCUCUACGUGGCAGCAAAGAAGCAUAUCGGGCGAUAAGUGUUCUAUGUGCGUGUGUAUUUUUAGCGUGUUGUUUAUAUUUCCCCCGCCCUGGUAAAUGGAUGUUAAAGAAGUGUGUCACCAAACUGCCGUCUGGUGUUUUGGCAAAGGCAUUGUUACAAGCUAGCUAAAUUGCAUGCAUGAAAUCGCUGCACACGACGACGACGCCAUGUACACGUAGAAAUCGAACCGCUCCAGCACGAAACUACGAUACCAUCCCCAUAGACAGAUGGCGUGUCGGCAACAGGAUGAAAGAAGGACGGAAUGUGGAGAACGGAGCGGCUAACCUCACUCCAGGAAACGUUAGACGACAAACCCGAUGUGGAUCCCUUUGCGGAUCCCCAGUAAGUCGUGCGCAGACAGACGACGACGACGACGACGCAGCAGCGAGUGUGAUGUGGUGCAAGGGAACGAACACGGAAGAAUGGGGGUGAAAAAAGGUGUAGAAAUAGUAAUGCCGUAAUUGAUAAUUCUAUCGAACCUUAUACAUAUUACAUUAUAUAGUAAAGAAUGAAAAUUAUAUCUCAUAGAGAAAACCCCCGCCCCCCCUCUAUUAACCCCAGCUACGUUGUAAGUGGAAGUAUAAUUUCUCGACCUCGAUCCUCUUUGAAAACAACGUACCCCACCCCGCAUACAGGCUUGCUCUGGGAAGGAAAAGAAACUGGUAAUGAAAUGGUGUUGUUUGCUCCCUGCACACGAUAGAGAGCAAACAGAGAAUGUGCAUCCGAUGCAAGUGCUCCCCAUUCAUUCCAUGUUUUAUGUGUGCGUGUGCGUGUGUAUGUGUACUAUCACAAUCUAGCGGAGGUAAAAGAGCAACUGUGUUGCGUCUUUUGCUUCUCGCAACCUCACUUCCAGCAUCACGAACCAAGGUUGUUAGAAUUGCUGAAGAAAUUGCUUCGCCAUCUGUUCUAGCGCGUGUUGCCCGUUAUUUUGUUGCGCGGUGUUUAAAUCUUUGUUUCGUUCGUUAAGCCUAAUUCGAUGCGAAAGUGCAACCCCAGUCCCAGUGCUGGUCCUUCCCGUGUGUUUGCAUAACUUUGAAGAUUUGCACAGCUCGGGACGUGGGAAUUACGGUAAUGGGAGAAUAGAAACGCCACACAACCACACAUGCUUUCAAAAUUCGAAGUGCACCCACGGCAAUUAGAUAAACGAACGGUAUGCUGUAAGUUCCAAAAUUGCAUUAGCGUAACAUUUGUAACAGGAUGUGCGGCAGAUUGUGAAGCAAGAAUUUUGAUUACGCUGCAGAAGCCGGAGAGAGGAGGGUUUAGAGCGCGGACAGACGGUAUAGGGUGUAUAAAUCGGAUACCGAGCACGGUUCCACCACCCGGAACACAUACACACAUUCGUAACAUUUUAGCUAUGAGAACUAAACGUGAUCGUUAGAAUGAUUAAUGGAGGGCGAUAAACAAUGGAAGAGUGUAGCUGAACAAAACAAACAAUAAACCUUUAUGAUAACUGAUUAUGGUAAAA